CAUAUCUGCCUAGCAUAUCUCAGUUCCAUUUCCUAUCUUGAGAGAUUCAAUUGUGAGUUUGAGGAUGGGAUUCCCAAAGUAUGUUUUGUUGAAGUCCAUGUACAACAACAAGUACCUGCGCUGCAUCAACGAAUCAGGGAAGCAACAGGGGUUCCUGCAGUUCUCCGGCGACGAUGCUGCCAGCCUCGAUUCGAGGUUCGAAAUCAUCACAACAUCCAGCGGACUCAUUCACCUCAAGUGCUGUUCUAAUAACAAGUACUGGCAGAGAUCGUCGCCGAGCCACUGGUGGAUCCGGUGCGGCCCUGCUGCCAGCCCUGUAAAAACCCAAUCGAAUUGGUCCUGUACGCUGUUCGAGCCCGUCCCUGUGGACGGUCUCGACGGGGCGUUCCGGUUUCGACACGUCGAAUUGAAGCAGUACGCCGGCUCAUUCAACAGCGGGCCACCUUUCGGCGACUGCUUGUACGCAGGAUCUGAAGAUCCCAACGAAGAGGACCUGCACGAUGUCUUCGUGGUCAUCGACGCAACAUCGUCCAAGAAACCGCCUAGGAAAAAUGUUACCACCACAUUGCCGAGCUUUGUAGCAAUCAAAUCAAGGUACAAUCACAAGUAUGUCCGGUACAGGGGUGGUCACGGCGACGAACAAGAGGGUUUCCUCCAGGUUUCGGAGGAGAACCCUACCGCAAUUGGCGGGUAUGCGAAAUUCGAGGUGGUCAGGGUCAAGAACGAUGGUGAAUUGGUGCACCUGAAGUGCUGCUCCAACAGCAAAUACUGGAGGAGUUCGUCCGAAGGACGGUGGUGGAUUAGCGGGUCGGCUGCGAAACUAAAGGAGAAUUCGUCCGACUGGGCGUGCACGCUGUUCAAGCCUGUCUAUGUCGACGGUGACGGCGAUGGUACGUCGGUCCGGCUCCUGCACGUUCAGCUUGGACGGUAUGCUUGCUUGUUCAGGAGCAAUUCGGCGUUCGGUGGCUGCUUGUACGCGGCCUCUGACGAUCCCAGUUCGGACCUGGCCGACGUGUUUACAUUCGUCGAUUGGGAAUCGUUGGAACCCAAAGAAGAAGAAGACACUGAUGGUGGAGAAUCAGGGGAAGAAGAAGAAGAAGAAAAUGUUGCUCCACCGAAACGACCAACGCCCUCCAGCAAAGGAAACCAUAGCAGCGGGAAGGGAACCUGGGAAGAGAAACAAACUAAGCCUGGCGGCCAAACUGAGAGAAACCCAAAAACCCGUCCUCCUGGUGGGACUCCGUCCGGUCGAUUCGAACCCAAAGAAGACGACUCUGAUGGUGGAGAUUCAGGGGAAGAAGAAAAUGUUGCUCCGCCGAAAAGACCAGCGCCUUCCAGCAAAGGAAGCCAUAGCAGCGGGAAGGGAUAUGGGGAGGAGAAACCGAGUAAGCCUGGUGGCGAGCGUGAGAGAGAACCAAAAUCCGGUCCUCCUCGUGGGACUCGCUCCGGUCGGUUCGAACCCAAAGAAGAAGGCUCUGAUGGCGGAGAUGCAGGGGAAGAAGAAAAUGUUGCUCCACCAAAAAGACCACCGCCCCCCAACAAAGGAAGCCAGAGCAACAAGAAGCGGUUCUCGGAGGAAAAACCGACUAAGCCUCGCCGCCAGCGCGAGAGAGAACAAAACAAAUCCCGCCCUCGUGGGGCUCGAUCCGAUCAGGCAGGCGAUACAGAGGAGGGAGAUCCGAAGGCCGUCUCAGACGGGGAAGAUCGAGACGGUCCUACACCUCAAGAGAAGAGACGAGAAGACAAAGAAGUGCGCGGUGAAUAUGGAUCGGAUGGAGAGGAUGGCAGGAGCAAUCCGAACAGACAAAAGUGGAAAGAAGGUUCAGAGGCAGAGCAGAGGCAGGGGAUUACCAAGGCGAAAGGGAGUUACGAAAUGGAGUUUACCAUGGUGCCUCCUGCAAAUGAAUUAUGGGGAGCUUUAUUUGCCUCCAUGGAAACGAUCCCCCCAGCUGUCCCCGAUUGGUACUCUUCGAUUAAAGAAGUUAAAGGCAAUGGGUUCACUGAACACUCUAUUCGUAAAAUCGAUUUCGUUAGAGGCAAGGUGACACAAUGGGGAAAUUGGGAGGAGCAGAUCAUGGCUGUGAAUCACAAGAAGAAGCAGUUGAAGUUGUCCGUCGUUCGUGGCGGCCCCCUGAAUCAAUGUCGUACCUUCAAGAUCACUACGGCCGUCAAACCCUUACUCGAAGAAGAGCCCAUGUACAGUGGCUGCGUGGUGAAAUGGAAGUGUGAAUAUACGAACUCAAGGGACUUGAAUAUUAAAGCAAUGCACAUAUUGGUUCUCGCCACCUUCAGGAAUUUGGAACUCGAACUACUCUCGUCGGCUUCAAGACAACAACGUUGAUUCCUAACCUAGCAGCAGGCUUUUUUUUUAUUUUGUUUUUUGUUUUUUUUUUUUCCUACCAUUUUGAUUAUUUUGGAAACUUAAAUAUGUGUGUUCUUGUUUUCUAAAAUCCCCUUUGUCUGGUUUAUGUUUGAACUUUCAAGGCUAUCAAAAUAAAUAACCCCCUUGUCGUGUUUGAAGGGGUUGUUUGAUACGUGUGUAUCUGAAUGGUGUAUUUAGUGAAUAAUGCAUUCAUUGUAUA